AUGGACGAUUCAAAUAGAAGUACGCAAGAGGAAGCAAAAGAAGUAAAAUAUAGGGGUGUGAGAAGAAGGCCAUGGGGAAAAUUUGCAUCUGAGAUUCGAGACCCUUCGAGGCAAGGUUCACGGUUAUGGCUAGGGACAUUUGAUACAGCAGAGGAGGCGGCUCGAGCCUACGAUCGAGCCGCAUUCAAUCUGCGAGGUCAUAUGGCUAUCUUGAACUUCCCCCACGAGUACUAUCCUCUUCUCAUGGGGGGAUCAUCCUCUCCAUAUCCAUAUCAACAUCCUCCUCCUCCUUCAUCAUCUGUUGGUGUCAAUAAGAGCUUUGACGGAGGAAGUUCGUCGUCCGGAGGACAACAGAAGCAGGUUUUCGAGUUCGAGUAUUUGGAUGACAAGGUGUUGGAGGAGCUACUUGAAACUGAAGAGGAGAAGAGUAAGAAGAAAAAAUGGAAAGAUUGAAAGCUCUUAAUAAUGUUCACUGCACUUUGGUUUUGCUUUGAGUUCUUUUUCAUUUCCCCCAGCUUCAAGUAAACUACUAAGCUUACAAGUACGAGUUCCUUCCCCCUUGAUUAUGU